AUGACAGACCCUAACGGGGCUGAAGGGGAGGGCCUGGCCGAGGUGAACGCCUGCAGCCUGGAGAUCGAGAGGAAGUAUGAGGUCAUCCCUGCCGUCAUCUGCUCCAUGUGCUGCCUGUUCGGCAUCAUCUACUGCUUCAUUGGAUAUCGCUGCUUCAAGGCGGUCAUGUUCCUGUCGGGCCUGAUGUUCGGCUCUGUCAUAAUCUUCCUGUUGUGCCACAAGGAGCGGGUGCUGGACACCCAGCUGAGUGUGGAGGCCUCGGCGGGUAUCGGCCUGGGCAUCGGCCUGCUGUGUGGCCUGGUCACCAUGCUGGUUCGCUCCGUGGGUCUCUUCAUGACGGGUCUGUUACUGGGCCUGCUACUUGCCCUCGCCACGCUGCUGGUCACCCACCAGUUCUACACACCCACCACCGUCUGGGUGCCCCUAGGGGUGCUGCUGGGCACUGGCAUGCUGUUCGCCGUGCUCACCCUACAGUGGCAGAAGCUCUUCACCGUGUUGUCUACAUCUGUGUUCGGGGCGGCCAUCAUGACGGUGUGCGCCGACUACUUUGUGGAGAUGCUGGCGCUGGUCAGACACGCGUAUCAGUGCUUGAGGCUGUCACCGGCGCCGUCGCUCUGCUGGUACAGCUGGGUGAUCGUGGGUAUCUGGCCGGCACUCAGCUUCAUGGGGGUGCUGGUGCAGUGGAAGCUGACGACGGUGGGGUUCUCACACACUGAGGUCAUCAUCAGCAGGAGGCAGAAGCGGGUCCAGUUGAUGCGGAUCAGACAGAAAGAUGUCAAGAAGCGCCAGCAGAACAGUGGGCAGGAGGGCACAUACCGUCGCAAGCCCACCCCUGUCAAACGCUAUGCCGGAGACCUGCUGGCACCGAGCUACCUGCAGAGUCUUAGGGACAGACAGAUGGGCACAGGCAACUCCCUCAGCAGCCUGGGCACUACCAACCACACAAUAAUCGACUUUGACUACGAGACAAGCUCCACCGUACCCCUCACCAUCACCACACCUGUCAACAGGGUCUGA